AUGGCCCAGGUUCGCGUCGGUGUAGGUCCGGCAGAUCGCAUCCCAGCCGUGACGGAACAGGAGGUCUUAGAAGCCAUCGGCCGUCUGAAGAUCUCUGCCCCUGGGAGCGACGGCGUCAAUGCUGAAGUCCUCAAGAAGACGGCGCCCGAGCUGGCGGCCAAAUGGGCCACGGCCUUCACUGACGUCCUUAGGUCCGGCGAGUUUCCUGCCGAAUGGAAGGAGGGCAAAUGCAUUGCCCUGGCCAAGCCCGGCCGCGACAUCUUUCAGGCCUCGGGCUGGCGCCCGAUCGUACUCCUUAGGUGUGCCUCGAAGCUGCUGGAGUCGGUGAUAGCCGAAAGGCUCAUCUACGGCCUAGGAGAGAAGUUCCGAGUGCCAGAGAUCCACGGCUUCUGCCGAGGCCGAAGCUGCGACACGGCGCUGAAGAGGAUCGUCGACGCCUACCGAGCUGGGUGUGGGAGGAAGGGUCACCAGACCCUCCUCCUCACACUGGACGAGUCCAAUGCCUUUAAUUCAGUAAAGCAUUCGUUUCUCGUCCAACAGCUCUCAGGCCUAGGCGUGGCUCCCUAUCUCUGCACCGUGAUAAAGUCCUGGCUCUCCGGGCAACACGUCCAGCUGGAGUUUGGAGCUGACCAAGCGACCAUCUCGCUAGAGAGAGGGGUCCCCCAAGGAAGCAUCUUGGGACCCCUCCUCUACGCCACCUCCACCCUAUCUUUGGCGUCGCUGCUCCGGCCCAUCCCUGGCCUAACCUCGACGUUCUAUGCCGAUGAUAAGACCUUGGUCCUGACGACCAAGGGCGUCCGAGAGUUUAGGGAGCGAUGGCUGCAGAUCGAGACUCGGAUCUCGGACUGGUCAAGAGCCUCCGGGCUCAGCCUCAACCCCAGUAAGUGUUAUUACCUCUCGCCUAGGAAGCUUCAGGUAUCAGCACUAAUGAUCGACGGUAAGGCCAUCGGCCGGGCCAAGGUCGUCACCAUCCUAGGCCUGGCAGUGGACCAGCGACUGCUCUUCAGGGAGCACAUCAAGCGAAAGACGGCCCAAGCUCGCUCCCGCCUAGGGCGAUUACACGCCCUGGGUUGGGAACGGGCUGGGCUCGACACCAAGCGGAUACUGAAGACCUACCACCUGGCCGUGCUGCCCUUCCUUGGGCACGCGGUCAGCGUCUGGGCGGAGGCACUGGAGAACCCGAAUCUGGCCAAGUGUAGAGAUUGUCCCUGCUUUAUAAUUAUCUGUCUCCGAAUUUUGUGUUAG